GCGUUGGAAAGAUGGCGACGGCAUACGCACCAGCGAGAGUCCGCUGUGCCGGCGGAUAGAAAGUGCUCCAAAGAGACACUGAUCCGCGUCUCUUGCAAACAUUCCCCGGUGCAAAGUGUGCGCGAAGCCGCCCGGACAUGGUUUAGUCCAUGCACGGCUAGGAACGAGGAGCCGCCGCUUUGCAAUGGAGCCUCCGGAUCGAAACAAGCCCAGCAGGCAGUCCAAGCCAGUGCAAGAUGCAUCCCAAAAGAACUCUGAGAUGGAUGAAUCCUGGGACUCUCCUAGUGAGGAAGAGGAAGCUAUGUAUGGCACAUCACCUCCUCGUACCCCCCGUCAGAUGAAACGCAUGUCUGGCAAACAUCAGAGGAACAGCCAAGCAAAGACUUCUGGACGAUCCCCCAACAAGGUCGAAAUUACCCCACCUGUUCUGAAAGAGGGUCCGAGGCCAGUGGAAGCCCCAGAGGAGCACAGCUACAAGCACGGCAAGAAGCAGAGGGCCACACUGCGCUCCACAGAGAGAGACCACAAGAAGACAUUUGAAGGCUCCUUCAUGCUGGAUCCACUCUCAAAGUCCAGCCCUUUCAGUGCCCUCAACAUGGAUCCAAGGAAGCAUUACUUGAGCUUAGGCUGCAGCAGUGGCAAACUGCCAGUGUCUAUGCCCCAUAUUGCCCGGACCCACCGACAGACCUCCAGGACUGACUGCCCUGCCGACCGCCUCAAGUUCUUUGAAACUCUGCGCCUGCUGCUAAAGCUCACGUCUAUGUCCUCCAAGAGGAAGGAGAAGGAGCAGAGGGGUCUGGAGAACAUGGCCUUCAUGGGUCACAACAACGAGGUCAUUUGGUUGGAGCUGCAGGCUUGGCAUGCACGCCGCUCCACCGGUGAUCAGGACCUUUUUCUUUUUACUGCCCGCCAGGCCAUCCCUGACAUCAUCAAUGAGGUGCAGCACUUUAAGGUCAACUAUAAUAGCCUGAGAGGGGCCCAGUGUUCAGGGUCUCAAACAAUCCAGGGAGACUGUCUCAGCAGUGGGUUGGAGAGAGAGCCUGGUGUAGCAGAGACCAACCACUGUGGAGUAGAUCCCUGGGGCUUUAGUGCUUGUCCCUCGACUGCAUUGAAUGCAGCCGAGCCUCUGGGCUCUGGUGCUGAUUGCAGGGAACACCUUCAGCGCCAGCGGCUGGCUUUUGAGCAGGUCAAGCGGGUGAUGGAGUUGCUGGAGUCUCUGGAAGCUUUGUACCCCUCUUUGCAGGCCCUGCAGAGGGACUAUGAAAAGUACGCAGCACGAGACUUCCAGGGCAGGGUGCAGGCGCUCUGUCUGUGGCUCAAUAUCACCCAGGACCUCAACCAGAAGCUGCGCGUAAUGGCCACUGUGCUGGGCCUCCACGAUCUAUCCCGUAUCGGGUGGCCUGUCUUUGAGAUCCCCUCACCUCGCUGCUCCCGUGGCAAUGAAGAUGAAGACAAUGAGAGAGAUGAGGAGAAUGACUCCACAGCCACUUUUACAGCAGAGAGUGAAGGGGAGGACAGGGAUGCUGAGGAGGAGGGGGAAUUUGGACAUGUAGCAGAUGGAGAGUUGUCUCCCUCCCUGACUCCUAAAUUUGCCCGCUUGUUGUCAGAAGACGAGUUUUUUCCAACCGCGACUGUCGGAAGUGCAGAAGCAACAGUGGGAGGGGGAGUGUUCUGCCCUACAGCCAUCUACAGACCGUUUGUGGAUAAAGCUCUGAAACAGAUGGGACUGCGUAAACUGAUCCUCAGACUGCACAAAUUGAUGGACCGCUCUCUUCAGCGGUCCAGAGCGGCGCUGCUUCGCCACAUGCCUGCACUGGAGUUUGCAGAAUUCCCAGACCCCAUGCUAUACAGCGACUACCUGCCUGAGCUGUCACGCCACAUGUCCUGCAGUGGUGCGGCUCACCCGGAGCUCCGAGCAGACCAGGUGUCCUGGGAGGAUUUGCUGGACAUGGACCUCCCUUCUUUCCGGCCUGCGUUCCUUGUGCUGUGCAGAGUUCUCCUCAACGUCAUUCACGAAUGCCUUAAACUGCGACUUGAACAGAGACCUGCUGGAGAGCCUUCACUGCUCAGUAUCAAACAGUUGGUGCGUGAGUGUAAGGAGGUUCUUAAAGGUGGUCUCCUGAUGAAGCAGUAUUAUCAGUUCAUGCUGCGCGGUGUGGUCGCCGAUGCUCAGGGCUUACAGACCAAUGCCAAUAUUGAUGAGUUUGAAGAAGACCUUCACAAGAUGCUAAUGGUUUACUUCGACUACAUGCACAGCUGGAUCCAGAUGUUGCAGCAGCUCCCUCAGGCCUCUCACAGCUUAAAGAACCUGUUAGAGGAGGAGUGGAACUUCACCAAGGUCAUCACUCCCUAUAUCCGCGGAGGGGAGGCCCAGUCUGGGAAGUUAUUCUGUGACAUCGCUGGGAUGUUGCUAAAAUCCACCGGGGAGUUCCUCGAUGCAGGUCUGCAGAAAAGUGGUAAUGAAUUCUGGGAAAAUGCAGAUGACAGCACGGCCUCAGAUGAAAUCAGGCGGUCGGUUAUUGAGACUAGUCGAUCACUUAAAGAGCUGUUUCACGAGGCCAGGGAGCGGGCGUCCAAGGCUCUAGGCUUUGCCAAAAUGCUUCGCAAGGACUUGGAAGUCGCAGCCGAUUUCAGUAUCACCAACGGGGUGCCUUGUCUCCUCGAGGCGCUGAAGAAGAGGAAUUAUGUCAAGGUUCAGAUUCCAGGUUUGGAAGAGCUGCAGGUUUUUGUCCCCUGUGGUUUGAUGGAUCAGCGGCCACUCAUCCUGCAGCUUCUCAACGCCGCUGCGGGUAAAGACUGCUCCAAGGAGCCGGAGGAGAUCGCAGACGAUGAGGCCUACCUCCUCAUGAGUAAACACAGAACUGGGGACUCCACUGCCGAUUCUGACUGGGCUCAGUGGGAUGGAGAGUUGCUGAAACUGGUCCCCCAGAUUGAAACUGUUGACACUUUAAGUGCAAUGAAGGUGGAGAAUAUGCUCUUGAUAGUAAUGCAGUCUGCUCACCUGGUGGCCCAGCGAAAGGCCUUCCAGCAGUCCAUGGAGGAUGUGCUCACUCUUAGUCGGGAGCAGACAUCGAGCCAGCCUCUUAUUGCCAGUGCUCUGGAGGAGCUCAAGGAUGAGGCACUACAGCUAUGCAUUAAGAUCAACACUGCCAUUGACCGAGUGGAGUACAUGUUCACCACAGAGUUUGAGGCAGAGGUGGAGGAGUCUGAGUCAGCCACUCUGCAUCAGUACUACAGGGAGGCAAUGAUACAGGGCUACAAUUUUGCCUUUGAGUACCACAAGGAAGUGGUGCGCCUGAUGUCAGGGGAGUUCCGGCAGAGGAUCGGGGAGCGCUAUAUAGCUUUUGCCCGCAAAUGGAUGACCUAUGUCCUGACCAAAUGCGAGAGCGGCCGGGGCACCAAGCCCAGGUGGGCGACUCAGGGUUUUGAUUUUCUUCAGGCCAUUGAACCUGCCUUCAUAUCCGCAUUACCCGAGGAUGACUUCCUGAAUCUACAAGCUUUGAUGAAUGAAUGUAUUGGACAUGUGAUUGGAAAACCUCACAGCCCGGUCACGGGACUGUACAUUGCUCCCAGGAAUAGUCCUCGUCCCGUAAAAGUACCUCGUUGCCAUAGCGACCCACCAAACCCCAAUCUGUUCAUCCCUAAUGCUGAAGGGUUCAGGGGAUCCAGUUACCACGAGAAUGACCGUCUGUCAUCAGUUGCUGCAGAGUUGCAUUUCAAAUCUCUGAGCCGCCACUCCAGCCCCACAGAGGACAGAGAAGAACCCUCGUAUCCGAAGGGAGAUCCCAACAGCGCCGCUCGCCGGAGCUGGGAGCUCCGCACCUUCAUCAACCAGUCCAAAGACACAGCCGCACGACAAAGCCCCAUGGAGGCCGUGCGUCGCUCCAUUCGCAAGUUCGAAGAUAAGCGCUACGCCGUGAUGAAGCAGCGCAACAUAAUCGGCCAGGUGUGUCACACGCCCAAGUCCUACGACAACGUCAUGCACGUCGGGCUCAGGAAGGUGACCUUCAAGUGGCAGAGGGGCAACAAGAUAGGUGAGGGCCAGUAUGGGAAGGUGUACACUUGCAUCAAUGUUGACACUGGAGAACUAAUGGCCAUGAAGGAGAUCCGGUUCCAGCCCAAUGAUCACAAAACAAUCAAGGAGACUGCGGAUGAGCUGAAAAUAUUUGAGGGCAUUAAACAUCCAAACCUUGUGCGAUACUUUGGGGUUGAGCUCCACCGGGAGGAGAUGUACAUCUUCAUGGAGUACUGUGACGAGGGCACCCUGGAGGAGGUGUCCAGACUGGGGCUGCAGGAACACGUCAUCAGGCUCUACAGUAAACAGAUCACUACAGCCAUCAACGUCCUGCACGAACACGGCAUCGUCCACCGUGAUAUCAAGGGAGCCAACAUCUUCCUGACGUCCUCUGGUCUCAUUAAGCUGGGUGACUUUGGCUGCUCAGUUAAGUUGAGGAACAACACUCACACUAUGCCUGGGGAGGUGAACAGCACCCUGGGAACUGCAGCUUACAUGGCACCUGAAGUCAUCACACGAGCAAAGGGUGAAGGUCAUGGGCGAGCAGCCGACAUCUGGAGUCUGGGCUGCGUCCUCAUUGAGAUGGUGACCGGAAAGAGACCCUGGCACGAGUACGAGCACAAUUUCCAGAUCAUGUACAAAGUGGGCAUGGGCCAUAAACCCCCCAUCCCGGAGAAGCUGAGCACAGAGGGGAAGGACUAUCUCGGCCACUGUCUGGAGAGCGAACCCAAACGCCGCUGGACAGCCAGCAUGCUGCUCGACCACCCGUUUGUCAAGGUUUGUACAGAUGAGGAGUGAGACCUGCUCUGUGGCCUUCACGUUUACACAUUAAAGCACUACUGUACAUGCUGUCAGCAAAAGAAAAAGGAACUGGACUUUCGGCAAGCGCAAGUAACGGCUAAAGGCACAUGGAGCUAAACUGAGGAAGUAAUAUAAAAUCAUUUCAGAGGACAACUGGACCUAUGGAAUAUAUGGUUGUUGUUUCUUUAUGCACCCAUGGACUGUGGGGGGGGGGGGACUGUACAUACUGUAAGAAUAGAAUUGGCUUUAAUUCUUGUAUAAACAAUAUUGUAAAGUUAAAGUAAUUAUUACCACGUUUGUUGUUCUCACUGGUAAAGUGACUUCUGAAAAGGCAUUGAUGAAUACCUUUUUCUUUUUUUUUUUUUAAACAGAUAUGUGUGUGUGUGUGUGGGGGGGGGGGGGGUCAAAUCUAUGGCACUUUUAAACUGUUUACCUGAGGGGGCAGUUGAGUAGAGGAGGGGGGAAUCAUUUUUCAGUCGCCCGGUGAGGCAGAGGAGGAUGGAAGGAGACGCCGGUUUAGCUUGAUGAAAUGAGCACCAUCCAAAUAGUCCGAUUUAAUUUAUCAGUCGUCGUUCUGGCGAGGAGUGGGGGGGGGCUAGGAAGGAUUUUAUUUUAUUACGUGUAUUUUUUCUUUGCCUAUCGCUGAUGAGUAAACGUCAAGUCGGAUUAAUGUUCAAGUCCACUGGUCACUGAUGAAGACCUGUUCAUGAGACUGGAGCGUAGCCGACAAAGAGGAGACACGGGGCCUGCUCUCCCUCCCUGCUGCUGAACACACAACUUCCACACAACCAAACAUAAGACGACGACACACAAAUUCUGGUCCUCUGCUGCUCUUAAAGUGUUUGCUAUGUACAAACAAUAUUAAUAAACCAAUUUGUUUUUAUAAGUGAAA